AUGACUGCUAACCUAGGAGGAACUAAUAUACAGGAACCUUUAGAACAUGCCAUUAAAAGACUCUUUAUAAAGAUUGAUCCUAAAUUACUUGAAUCAUUAAAAACGAAAGAAAGAGAUGCACUCAUAAAAUCUCCUAUUGAACCAAUAGGCUAAGAGAAGAUAAGAAAAAUUUUCCUGCUUACUGAUGGAGCUGUCAAUAAUCCUGGUGCUGUCAUUGAUUUGGCAAGGGAAUGGGUGUAGUAAGUAUCUUGUCAAAGAACUUGCUAGAGCUGGCAGAGGCUCAUAUUCUUUUGUUGA